AGAUUAAUGAAAUCAUGAAGAUGCAAGAACAGAUAAAAUGUGACAUGACGGAAAUUAGGACGAAUAUGCAAUUCUUGUCCGAGUCUGUGACUGCAAUGAUAUCAAGUACUAUGGAUGAGAUUUUAAGGCUUUUCAACGAUAGGAAAGGUCGUCAUGUUAAAGAGUUUGGAGAUACGGAAGCUGCUGUAGUUGGAGGUGAAGAAAGUCAUGUUGUCGAAGAAGUUCACAAGAUUGAUGAGGUGGGAAAUCAGGAACCUGUUGUUGACAGGAAAGGGAAGGGGAAGGUCGACCCAACUGAUGAUGCUACUUUUGAAUGUAGUCUUCAACCGCCAUCAUUUGACUUGGGUUUUGGAUACACACAAUUGGAUGUUUCUCACUCUGCAGAAAUUCAAAAGCGGGUAGAUGCUGUCAUAUCUGAUGUGGUCACAGCAUCUGCAAAUGUUGAGGAAGAGGUAUUCCCAUUUUGUUCUUUGUGCUGCAUGCUGGUUACUGAAUGUAUAGGUCACGAACGGUACACGUUUCGAAAUACACAGAUCACACGCAUCCAUGAAUUCAUGUUACAUUCAUUCUGCAUAAACUAA